UCACAAUCCAGUGCUUCGGGUUGCAGAAUACAACUCCAUGCACUCUACAUUGAUUCAUGUGAAAAAUCCCUUGUGGAGUGCGAAACAGAGCGGUGAAAGCGCCAAGGCUGCAACACCCACUCCCUCCCUUCAAUCCCUAAUUCCCCAACUCCAUCACUCACUUCUCAACCUUCUGCUCUCAGCCCCUUGCACCUUCUCCUCUGCCUGUGAUCUUUGCCUUCUGUCUCCUUAGAAGGCAAUUGAAUCUUUUACAGGGUGAGAUGCAUACAUGCCAGGGUCUUUGGGUUACACUGGUACAGUAAACAAAAGGAGUAUUACGUGGUACGUGGAGAAUGGGAAGUAAUAGCACUGAAAAGAUCCCAAUCAAUAACAGUGCUGAAAGUUCAGAAACCACUAUUGAAAUAAAGAUUAAAACAUUGGAUUCUCAAACGUACACCCUCAGAGUGGAUAAACAGAUGCCAGUCCCUGCCCUGAAAGAACAGAUUGCUUCUGUAACUGGGGUAUUAUCUGAACGGCAACGCCUAAUUUGCCAAGGAAAAGUUCUGAAGGAUGAUCAGCUCCUGUCUGCGUAUCAUGUUGAAGAUGGUCACACCUUGCAUCUGGUUGCGAGGCAACCCGACCUACCACCACCAGGAAGUCUGCCCAAUCAUUCAGUGACUGAACCGAAUUCAAGCUCAAGCCUGACAGGCCUCAGUCACAGUAGUCAAGUAGCCCCUGGUGUUUUUAUUGAGACUUUCAAUGUGCCUUUUCAGGGUGAUGGAGUUGCACCUGAAAUCAAUAGGAUCGUUUCUGCAGUUCUAGGAUCCAUUGGACUUCAAAAUUUUGCGAGUGGUGAAGGGAUUGACGUCAGGGAGCAUGAUUCCCAAGGCUCUGGGAGAAUUUCAGGCUCUAGUGGAAUAUUUGAUUCAUCUCAUCCUCAACCCGAACAAUCGGGUUUUCGGGUUUUGUCUGAUAGAUCACGUAAUGCCUUUGGAGCUCCAGCGACAGUAUCUCUAGGGUCUUUGCAGCCUCCUGUCAUUCCUGAUUCUUUGACAACUUUGUCUCAAUAUUUAAGUCACAUAAGCAAUGAAUUUGAUGCAAUUGUGAGAGAAGGGGGGAAUAUUGCCCAAGCAGACGAGGCUCAAAGGAAUGUAGAAACUAGACCUAUUUCUUCACGUUCGGCUUCAGCUCUAGAAGGGUUUUCAUCUCCCACAUUGUUGGCAGAGGUUCUGCUUUCUACCAGACGAAUGAUUGUUGAACAAGCAGGCGAAUGCCUACUUCAAUUAUCAAGGCAGAUGGAGAAUCAAGCUGAUGUAACCGAUCCAUUGUUGCGGUCAAGCAUUCAGUCUAGGGCUUUGAGGACUGGAGUUUUGUUUUAUAACCUUGGUGCAUUUUUACUCGAGCUUGGUCGCACAACCAUGACACUGCGUUUGGGUCAAACAUCGUCUGAAGCUGUAGUUAAUGGAGGGCCUGCAGUUUUUAUAUCCCCAAAUGGUCCUAACCAUAUCAUGGUUCAGCCCCUUCCUUUUCAAACUGGAACAAGCUUUGGCGCUGUUCCUGUUGGAGCUGCACAGUCUAGCUCAAGUUUAGGUAGUGGACUUGGUUCAAGCUUUUUCCCUAGGCGUAUAGAUAUACAGAUACGACGAGGUGCCUCAUCAACAUCAUCCAAUACCAAUCAGGAAGAACGCAAUGAUACACAACCUGCUUCGGUACAAAGAAAUCCAGGUGAAAAUCCUGUUAAUCAGGCAACCUCUAGGCGUCCAGAUGCUUCUUUUUCUGGGGAACCAGGAGUAAGGUUAGUGCCUAUUAGAACCAUGGUUGCAGCAGCAGUACCGGGUCCUGUGGUCCGUCCGCCUUCAGAAUCAUCUGGUAAUUCUGUAGGUCUUUACUAUCCAAUUCUUGGGAGAUUUCAACACGUGUCUUCGGGACAUGUAAAUAGUGAACAGAGAUCUCAACAUUCAAGUCAGCAUCAUGCUGCAGUACCAUCAACUACUGAUUCCAUGUUGGAAAGGCAAAGCACAGAUGAUUCUACAAGAAAUGUAGGAUCCUUAUCAACUCAAAGCACAAGACCGGAGCCAUCUAAUUCUCGUGUUGUAAAUAUCAAUAUUCUGGCUGCCAGUGGACCCCAAAACAACCAAGAACCUGAACGGCAAGUACCAAGCAGUGUACUUCAGUUAUUAAGGUCACUCUUUCCUGGUGGAGAAAUUCAUGUGGAAGAUUCAAGUGUACAAGGAAUAACUGCAGGUUCUGACUCAGAUCAUGCUGCAACAUCAAGGGGGGCUGCCCAAGUCCCCGAAGCACAACCUAAUGCCAGUGAAGAAGGAAUAUUUUUGUCAAAUAUGCUCCGUGAAAUCAUGCCAGUCAUAUCUCAACAAGUAGGGUCAGAGGGAAAUCCUUCUGAAGAUCAUAUGGCUCAAGCUUCUUCAACCCAGGUUGAAACUGAUGUCGGGACAUCACGCAGACCAAGUGAUUCUGACUCAAGCCCCCCAAAUCCAAAACGUCAAAAGGGUAGUGGUGUACGAGGCUUUGGUUAGCACCGAAAUGGAAGCAAGACCAGAGGCUUUGGAACACAUGUUUCAAGAAUCCAUGUGCGACAGAGAUAGUGGAGAAUGAACAACAUGAGCGUAUGCAACAAGUUUGGUCUGACAUCUCGAUGAUUUCAUAGGCAGACUACCCAAAGCAAAAGGAAAAGACACCAUUUUUGUAGAAGUAGACAGAUUUACCAAGUAUGCUCACUUUUUUGCUUUAUCACAUCCCUACUCAGCACAAGAGAUGGCUCAGCUUUUUGUGAAUGAGGUGAUGGAGUGAAAUAGAGGAUAAUGUUCAGUGUGCGGUCAUGGAAGAUUACGAUCACGAGAAACAGAAUUUGGGGUGAAACGGAAGAUGUCAAUAUGGUAUUAAGUUCAUUCCUAGGUUUUUAUAUGAAGCGUGAUUUCAUUUUCUCAUGCUGUAGACAAAUUUUAAGAAGACUGCUCUCCGAAUUAUGUGACAACUUGUACGUUACUGGCAUUGGAAUUGAACUUCCCCUAAGUUCGGUUUAUUAUGCUUGGAAUUGGUAAUAGAAUUCAACAUUAGAAUUGAGAUUAGUCAUCUUAUAAAUGAAAUUUGGCGUCCUAGAGGUCUUUAUUGAAUAACUGAAUCAAACAUUUCUCUAUUUUUAGGAAUAAUUUUCAUUUCAAGAAAGCAAUAAUUGAGAUGCGGGUAUACUGUACCCGUUCUAGUUACCUUUUUCCAAUAGAUGAUAUUGGUCUGUAUGUCUUAA